UCUUGACAUUAGACAUCGGUUUUGAUUAAAAAUUUUCAUAAUUUUUGCUUUUUGAUUAGUAAAGAUUUAUUGUGCUAACAAGAGUAUUUCCAUAACAAUGUACGUGACGGAUAACUACUAACAAUUAAAAAAUCCUAGACGUUUACGACAUAUACUGUAGUUUGAAUUAUGGAUCACCACAUGCACCAUGCAAACCAUGGCAGCCAUAUAGAUGUAGGAAUGGAACAGCAUAUGGGACAUGAAGAGCAUGUUAUGAAUAGUUCAGAUUUUAAUGAAGGUAUAAAUGAAAUGUUUAACAUAUCAAGUGUAGACAUGAUGCCUGGUGACCCACAAGCUAAGGCUCAUGAAGGUCAUCACCAUAACCACCAUGUUGGACAUGAAAUGAGUAUGAGUAUGACAUUUCAUGGAGGUUACAAAGAAGUUAUUCUUUUCUCAUGGUGGAAGGUAUCAGAACUUGGAGAAUUUUUUGGAUCCUUUCUAGCAAUCUUUCUCAUUGCUCUAUGUUAUGAAGGGCUCAAGUACUACAGAAAACAUUUACUAUGGAAAACUUAUACAGGCCUUCAAUAUUGUGCUGUUGCUCCACCAGACAAGGGAGUAGCAAAUAUUUGCAAUCCAGAUGAGCCUCAAGUUAUACAGCCGGUUUCACAUGCACUAGACAGGAAUGUUCCAACAAUGAUGAGUACAGCACAUGCUUGGCAAACAGUACUUCAUGGUUUUCAAGUACUUGUAAGCUAUAUGUUAAUGUUGGUGUUCAUGACAUAUAAUACAUGGCUUUGUGCAGCAGUUGUGCUAGGAUCUGCAACUGGAUACUUUUUAUUUGGUUGGCGCGAGUCUGUUGUUGUGGACUUCACAGAACAUUGUCACUGACAUAAUAUAGUAAGAAAUACCUAUGUAGUAUUACUAUUGUUAUUUUUAAAACCUCGCUACAAAACUCAAAAUAUUAUGUAUACAAUAAGAAAGCCUUUUUGGGUGAUUUAUACCAGUUAUUACUAAAUGUUAUAGGUGUUUAGAAUAAAGGCUUUGAAAUUA